CAAUGCUUCCUCUCCAUACCUGUUAUCAUAAAAACCUUGCCGAUAAUUACCUCACUCUCUAAAUUGGGGUUUCGAUGUUAUUUUCGGAAGAAACCCACUUCAAUUUGUGAAUAAGUCAUCCAGUUGAUGGUAUUUCAGCUAUGGUUGUUGACGACUCAUCUUCUUCACCUAGCUUCCGUGAGCUUGACGAUGUCUUCUUACAGUCUCAAGCAAGAAUAUGGCUUUCAGAAGUGCUGCACACAAGAUUUGAUGAACAAAUAAGCAUAUGUGAUCUACUUUCUGACGGCGAGCUGCUAUUUGAAGUUUCAAAACAAUUAUGGAAUAUGUUGCUUGUUAAAUAUAUGGAGCUCAAAAAUAUUAAAGCUCGUAUGUUUAUACCAGUUGAUACAAGGAAAAGCAGUGGGAGAUAUAGACCUUACUCAAACGUUGAUUCAUUUUUGAAGGUAUGCAAAGUUAUGGGAUUGAGUGGUGUGGAUCUUUUCUCCCCAUCUGAUGUUGUGGAGAAGAGGGACACUAGGAAAGUAUGUAUAUGUAUACGAUCUCUAUCAAAGAAAGCUAGGUCUAAGCGAUUAGAUGUUCCCGACUUUGACAUUGUCACCAAAACAGUAGCCAUGUCCACAGAAGCAAUUAGAUGCAUCAGAAGAAGUUUGGAAUCAUGCACAUCCAGUGAUACUCAUGGAAGAAGUAAACAUGCAAGAUUGAAAUUUAGGCAGAAAAGUUCCUUUGUAUCACAUCAACAAGAGGAUGAAUUAUCAUGUCUUGAAGAAUCCGAUGAGGCAAAAAGCAGUUUCUCCGACACUCCAUACGCAGAUUUUCUAUAUUUAGAUUCGGGAGACUCACCAGAUAUAAUCGAUAAAUACACACCGACUCAUGAUGAGUUUGACUUUGACUUUGACUUUGACUUCGAUGCCAAUUCUGAGCCAGAUGAUCAUACUACUUCGAUUCCGUCCACUCUCGACGGGAAGGUGUCGGUUUCAUGUAAUCUCGAGUCUCGGUUUGAAGAAGCAACAGUACAAAAUUUGGAAUUUUCCGCAAGGGCUUUUUCACCGUGUUGGGAUGAUGCGAAAUCGGAUUGCUCAGUGGAUCGAGAUAUCGAAGCACAGAAUCGAAUUUGUGGGACCCACGAAGAUUUGGGAGAUUCGUUGGUGUUGAUGAAGGAUGACAUCACAAAUGUUGCAGAAAGUAUUCAAGAAAUAGGGGAUGAUGACAAUGCGAAGAAAGAAGAUAACCAACUAUGCACUAAAGGAAACAUCGGUGUUCAUUUCUAUUCUGAAGAUGAAACUAAAGCUGAUAGCAAGGAAGAAAGAAAAGAUGAGGGUAUCAACUGUUUGGCAGAAGCAAAUGAAAAGAGAAUAGUCAACACAGAGAAAAAGUCAACCUAUAUUGCACCACUGCUGAAAACCGUUGCUAAAGGCACAGCCGUUAUUGGCAUUUUGUUUUUGCUUCACCUCAGGAUUAGGAGUGAUGGAAAUACAAACAACAAAUCCAAUAUAGUAGGGUUGUCAAGAAGGAAAGGAGAAAAGGGAAACAAGAUAUAUCCAGUUGACAAGUUCAAAUUUGGGGAUUAGAUUGUCGAAAGUCUUUAUGUUAUAAACAAAAAGGGCAUACACUAGUCAUGGGUGUCCCCACCACACGCAACAUACCAAAUGUUAAACAUAAGAAAGCCUUCGGAUGCAUCAAGAUGGGGGGCAUAUAUAUAGCAUAUACUACAUUUAAAUACAAAAUGGAAUCACAUUAAGGUAUUGUAUCUUGG